CGCGUCGUCCCGCACAUCGCACGCACCGCGAGAGAGAAGCAGAAGACGACCACGAUUUCGCCGGCCGCAUCAGUAGCACAAGCCGCCGCGCACACGAGGAGAUUAUAAAGUUCGCUUUCUCUCUCUCCCUUUUCUCUCUCUCUCUCUCUCUGUUUUUCCUCUCUCUCUCUAUCUUCCUCUUUCUAUCUUUCUCUUGAAACAAGAUGUUGCUUGGUACGAGAUUGCAAGCAGUGGCGAUCUUAUCGAUGUCGCUGUUGCUCCAGCUCGCCGAGUCGAGAGUUUGCCAGACUUGCCGAAGAUCGUCGACGGCGAAAAAUCAAAUUGCAUCGAGGAGACAGUUUCAGAGACAAAUAGCAACGACGACGACGAUCGCGACGGCAGCAGUGGCGGACACGACGGAGCCGAGGACGCUCUUGCCCGCAACAGAAACUUUUAUCGAUCUCGUUCGAUCGACAGGAUAUUACGCCGAGGAGUACAAUGUCACGACUUCGGAUGGGUAUAUCUUGACCAUACACAGGAUGCCCGGAAGUCCGAAAAAGCCGCCCGCAGCCAAUAAGCCGGUUGUUCUCAUGGUGCACGGGCUUCUGGCAGCAUCCGACAUUUGGGUACUGCGCGGUCCCAGCGAAGAUCUAGCAUUCAUGCUGGUAGACGCGGGCUACGACGUUUGGUUCAUGAACACGAGAGGAAAUUUUUACGGUAGACGCCACAAACGAUUGACCCCCAAGGACUCUAAAUUUUGGCGAUUCAGCUGGCACGAAUCCGGUAUGUACGACAUGCCGGCGACGAUCGAUUACGUCCUUACCGCCACUGGGCAAAAGAAAUUGUCGAUGGUCGGCCACUCGAUGGGCACGACCAUGGCGCUGGUCCUGUUGUCCUUGAAGCCCGAGUACAAUGCCAAGGUCGAGAUCGUCGUCUCGUUCGCGCCCAUCGCCAUAUUCACGCAUCUGCUGCCGGGCCCGGUGAACACGAUGGUCGUGCGAUAUGGAAAGCAGUUGCAGAAAACGCUGAAAGCCUUGGGAAUUAACGAAGUUUUCCCCAGGAAUCCGACCCUUCUCGGCCUCUACGCGACCAUUUGUCAGACGCCGAAAAUAGAGAUAUUGUGCCAAAAGUUUGCUUUGAGCAGUGCUGGAUUACUCAAGUCCAGUAGCUUCGAUGCCUUUCAUAUGAACGUGAUGAACAAAGUUUUGAGACACUAUCCACAAGGAUCGUCGCUGGAAACUCUCCUGCAUUACCGACAAAUUCUGAUGAGCGGAAAAUUCCGCCAGUACGACUUUGGACCGGAGAGGAAUUACAUGCGCUACAAAAAUGUCACACCACCGGAAUAUCCCAUCGAGAAAAUCACCGUACCGUUCGUCCUUUAUUACGGGAUGAACGACGCAUACACAACUAAAGAGGAUGUGCACGCGUUGAUGUCGAGGCUGAAGAUAGCCGAGGGCAAAGAGGUGCAGCACGACCGCUUCUCGCAUCUGGACUUUUUGCUGUCGAAUCUGACGAAGCCGCUAGUCUACCGAGACGUGAUGCACGCCAUCGAGGUUCACCAUCGAGGAAAGCCAAGUAGCAGCAGCCCAGCAACAGCAGCUGCGGCCAGCAGCUCGGGGGCCAAGGCGAGCGAGUACGGCAGAUUAGCGCCCAGCACAGUGGCGGUAUGACGAACGAUUUGGCCGACGAUCGCGAUGAUCUCCUUGCGAACGCUGAUUCCAAUCUUUAUCCGUGCAUAAAUAACGCGAUGCAAUCGAAUAUUUAUUGCUUAAUCGAUGCAUUGCGUGUUACAUGUUAAAUAUUCAGAUAACUGAGAGGUAAUACAAAAGUAUUUCAAGGGUUCAUCCGAAUGUCGCAGCGAUUGUAGAGUCUUUAUUAUUAUGUUGUCUUUAUAAGCUUUGUGAUUUUAGAUUACCAAUCGAGCAUCGUAGAUUAAAUUUUUGUGUACUGUUGUUUUUAGUCAGAUCUCACGCUUGUUGGCUGCAAUGGUUUUGCCUUGACAUUGAAAAUACGCUGACGAAAUAUUUAGUCAAUUACAAUAAUUUAAGACAAAAUAUUCAUUACUUAUAAUUACAUUUUCACCAUGUGUAUAGUUUCUGUAGUCACUUGAAAUUUUGAACUUAAAUCGUGUUCAAUAUAUUUGUAAAAUUAUGAUUGAGAUAGUAGCUUUCAAAAAUCAUUAAUGAUAUCUACGGAAAAAAUUGAAUUACCCCUGGUUGAAAUGCACAGCAUAACAUAAUUGAAGUCUUCUCCACUAGAUGGUUAGUACCUUUAUCUGUAAAUCUGCGAGUGAGAAAGUUAAAAUAAUUGUAUUAAGUCAAACAUUAUAUGUCCAUGAAACAUUGAAAAGAUUAUUCUACCAGGGAUAAUAUUAAUUUCACCAUACGACGAGCUUAAAUUUUGAGCUAAAAUAUUUGUUCGGGUAAUUUAAAUUUUAUUAUUUACACUUUAAGAAUAGAAUAUUUAAGCUAUUUGAUAAAAAUUUAUUAUAAAUAAUUUUCACAAGCUAGAAGAAUCCAAGAAAUCAUUCGUUAAAAUGUACAUCAUUCAUAUUCACUUAUUUACAAAUCGAUAAGUGCGCAAAAUAAGAUCACAAAUUGUUGAAAAAAAAAAUUAAAUGUAUGUUACAGUACACGCGUGACGAUGAACGAUUCUAGUCACGCACUUUGCAUGCGAUUUCUGUGCGCAUUAUUUUUAUUAACGUUCACGAGUCACGCGGACGCCAUACAAUUUUUGCCAAUGCAACGUCGAGUGCGCUUUUGUCUAUAUAGUAGCGAAGAGAGAAUGAAAAAAAAUGUAAAUGCACGUCACGCGUGCAUUUUAAGUUUUGAAUAUUUUUUCCAUUGAAGUUCUAUAUACUCGAUAAUUACUCGUAUUUUGCGUUAUUUGAAGACGAUUGUAAAUCAUUACCAUUUUUUCGUAUGCUCAUAUUUUUGUAUAUAAAAAUUAAUCAUUAGCUUAGUCAAAGAAAUAAAGCGAAAGGACAUUUUU